AUGGCCAAUUGUAGUAAUUGGCCAUCUCUUCUUAUGUUGGUCUUGGCCUUGUACGCCAUUGCUGCUCAUACAAGUGGCCAAUACACAUACUCUCCACCAUCCUCACCACCACACGUUUACAGUUCUCCACCACCAUCUCCUUCUUACGUAUAUAACUCUCCACCACCUGCUCCAUAUAUUUACAAGUCUCCACCACCCCUGCCUUACGUCUAUAGCUCCCCACCACCUCCUCCAUACGUUUACAAGUCCCCACCACUACCUCCUUACGUCUACAGCUCCCCACAUCCUCCUCCAUAUGUUUACAAGUCUCCACCACCACCUCCUUACGUCUAUAGCUCUCCACCACCUCCUCUAUACCUUUACAAGUCCCCACCACCACCUCCUUAUGUAUACAGCUCCCCACCACCACCUCCAUAUGUUUUCAAGUCUCCCCCUCCUCCUCCAUAUGUCUACAACUCUCCACCACCACCUCCCUAUGUUAACAAGUCUCCUCCCCCUCCUCCAUACGUGUACAGCUCUCCACCACCCCCUCCUUAUGUUUACAAAUCACCCCCUCCUCCUCCAUAUGUCUACACUUCUUCACCACCACUUCCAUAUGUUUACAAGUCACCACCACCUCCUCCUUACGUCUACAGUUCUCCUCCAUAUGUUCACAAGCCACCACCUCCUCCUCCUUACGUCUACAGCUCUCCUCCAUAUGUUUAUAAGCCACCACCACCUCCUUCUUACGUCUACAGCUCUCCUCCAUAUGUUUACAAGCCACCACCUCCUCCUUACACGUACAGCUCUCCUCCAUAUGUUUACACUUCACCGCCACCUCCAAGCUAUAGUUAUAGCUCUCCUCCUCCAAAAUACUAAAGAAACAUAUACAUGAUAUAUCCGUUUAUCAGCCAUCAUAUUCAUGGAAUUAAAUAUUUGCAUAAUAAAUUUUCAUAUAUGAAAUGUAUCUCUCUGGUUACAACCAAGUGCAUUUUUGUUGUUUGAUUGCUUCUUUUGAUGUUGUUUAAUU